UUUUCUUUCUUUGAAAUUUAUUCCUUUAUCAAACUGUCUCCUAAUUUCAUUUUUGUUGUUUUUUUGACCCCCUCAAUAUUUAUUUAUUUAUCAAACUACCCGACUUUUUUUUGUAUUGUCCCUCCUCUCCAGAUUUUUCGAUAAAAAUUGAAAAAAAAAGUUUUUCUUGUUAUUUUUCCAUUUAAUUUUAAAUUUAAUUACUUUUUUUAUUUUUAAAAAUCUAAUUUUAGAUUAAUUCUAGAAAUUAUAGUUUUCUAAAAUGGUUGUUUCCUCCACUACAAAUAAUUCACAACAAUUAGAUGCUCUCCUUCGUAAUUGUCUUUCCCAACGUUUAGAGCCUAAUGAAUUCUUUGAGGAAGCAUGUCGAAUGAUUAUAGAAGAAAAUGGGCAGUUUCCGGAACGUGUUCUACAAAUCGCUAACAAUUACGCUUCUGCAUUUCCCGAAGAAACUGAUAUUUUUCCAUUGGCACUUGCUUAUUUAAAAAUUUUGUUUGUUCAUGGAUUAAUUCAACCACAAAAAUAUUUAACAAUUCUUACAACUUUUGAUUGUUGGACUCAUCCCAUUAAAAUAGAAGAAAUUGCUUCUGAUUUAGAAUCUUAUAUUUACAAUAAACGAAUAGCCGUCUAUGAGGGUAACAGCAAUGUUUUAUUUACCCAAAUUACCCAAAUAUUGGAUUGGUAUAUUUAUUCAAUAGAAAAAAUUGUUGAAUUAAUUAAUGAAAAUAAUUUUGAUGAAUUUUCUCUUGUUUUUAUCAAUAGAAUUAAUGCUAUUAAACAUCUGCAUGAACGUCCGUUUACAGCACUUAUAAUUUUUACGUUUCUCAGUGAACAUUCUGAUAAUUCCUCUAUCAAUAACAAUAUUAAUAAACUUCAAAUAAUUUCAAAUAAAAUUACCAACCAUUUAAAUGAAUUAAAUGAAAAAAAGGAGUCAACCUCAAAAGAAGAUGAAAUGGAGGUUGAUGAAGAAAAGGAAGAGAAAAUUAAAGAACCCUCGUUUUCCUCAAAGCUUUCAAAUUUUUUAAAAUUAAUUGACCAACUUAUUGAAUUAUUUCCUUUGUAA